AUGGCAUUCUCCUUCGCCUCGCCGCCGGCUUCGAACCCCUUCCAGACGCCGGCUGCGUCGAAUCCCUUCCAGACGCCAGCUGCGUCCAACCCCUUCCAGACGCUGGCGGCGCCGAAUCCGUUUCAGACACCAGCUCCGGCCACCUCGCAGGCGCCGUCCCUAUCGCCCUCGCCGUUCCAGUUCAGCUUCCAGCAGCAGCAGCCGCAGCCACAGCAGCAGGUGGCGCCGGCGGCGCAACCUCAGCAGCCGCAGCCGCAGCCGCAGCAGCAGAAGCUGACGCUGUACACGAUGGAUAUGAAACCCGCGGGGUACAACACCAAGUGGGAGGAGCUGCACGCCGAGUCGCAGAAGGCUUUGCUCCAGAUCGAGGACAAGAUACGGGACUACAGAGACGAGAGUGAGAGGUUGGAUCAGUGCAGUCGCCUUUAUGACUCAAUCUCGAAUGUCAAUUUUGAGCUUGAUGCGAGUCGCAUUGCUCAGGAACUUGGUGGGACCACCACUGUAAUGGAGAGAGAGAAGGCUUCCAUUCAAGAGUUGAUGACUGUUGUCAAUGAAAUGAUGUGGAACACAGAAUUUGCUAUUAGGUCAUAUCUGAUGUUGAGGCCAAGAUUCACCCGUCCAGGUGCUGGAGUUGCAAAUGGUGGUUCUUCAAAUCCUUCUUCUGGUGCUCCACCCAAUCAGCCAGUGGUAGAUUUCUACAGUGGAGUCCCAAAGCGUCCUUCCAUUUUUAUGCAGCGCACUGUCAACAGGUUUGAGUGCUAUCUUGCGGAGUGUUGCAAGUGGAUCGGUGAGCUAGAGCAGCUGGUUCAAAUGGAGACAAAUAAAAGAUCAUCAGAUUCUCUAGAAUCUCUUCCAAAAGUUAUGUCAAAUGUGCAUGAUUACUUCAUCUAUGUUGCUUCUAAGGUGGAAAAUCUUCAUCAAUAUGUUGAAUCAAUGAAAACUGAAUAUCUUAAUGAACAACGCCGCAUCGGUAAUGGGAGCGAUCCAUUUCUGGAGGCAAACAGACGAGAAGCAGCUAAACAAGAAGCAGCUGCCAGAAGGGUCCAUCCAACACUGCAUUUACCUACCCCUGCGCAGCCCAUGGCACAGAUCGCUGCACCAGCUACAAGCCAACCGCAGCAAUCUUCCUUUCCAUCUGCUGCGACUUUCUCAAGUGCCUUGUCAACUUUUAGCACUCCGGCUUCUGCUCCAUCCUCAUCUAGUCUCUUUGCAACUCCAACAACUCCAGCUCCAUCAGGCAACCUUUUUGGUGCAUCUGGAUCGGCUCAGUUGACCACACCAUUUGGGACAGCCUCCACUCCUACAUUAACAUCAACACCAGCUCCUGGAUUUGGGACUAGCACUACAUCUUUGGGUGGAACAUCUCUAUUUUCUACACCAUUUGGAGGUGGAGCUACUGCUUCAGGUUCCAGCUUUGGUGGUGCAUCGUUGGUUCUGCGUAUUGCUAAGCUUCCCUUUUCACCUUACCAUGUUUACCCGUUGAAUCCCUUUUCACCUUACCAUGUUUACCCAUUUUCAAUGGUGCAGAAAGGAAGAUACUAUCGUACUAGUUGUCAUGAAGUUAUAAUCCCCGUGCCCCUUGAUAAUCUUGCCUGA